GGUGCGGGAAGGACGCGCCGCGGCCGCGCUGCGCAGAAACAGCUGCUGCGGCCCGCGCUGUGGGCCGCCCUCUCUCGCCCUCGCCUCCCUCCGCUGCCUCCAGCCUCGCUUCUCCGACCUUCCCGCACCUCACUCUGGCCUCGCUUCCCACGAAGAAGCCACUCGCCGGCUGGCCCGGCCACCGGUGCUGCGAGCUCGGGGCCGCGUCUCCCGCCGCCUGCCAACCACCGCCCGCCCGCCCGCCGACCCCAGGAGCGUGAGCGCAUCCGCCAUCUCCGGCUGCGCCAACCCCACGGCCGCAGACCCGGGCUGGAGGUGCAAGAUGGCGUCGGCUGCGUGACCGACCCGGCGGCCUCGAGACCCCCGCCAGCCCGGCCGAGGCCCGGAGGGCGGCCCGAGGACCCGGCGAGGCGGCGAGGCUUGCGUGCGCCCGCCCAACCUGCUUCCGCAGCCUCGGCCCCUCGGCAGCUGGGGGAAGAUGGCGAUGACACUGUUGGAAGACUGGUGCCGGGGCAUGGAUGUGAACUCCCAGCGAGCUCUGCUGGUCUGGGGGAUCCCCGUGAACUGCGACGAGGCCGAGAUCGAAGAGACCCUUCAGGCUGCCAUGCCCCAGGUGCCCUAUCGGGUUCUCGGGAGAAUGUUCUGGAGGGAAGAGAAUGCCAAGGCGGCCUUGUUGGAGCUCACCGGCGCCGUGGAUUACUCCGCCGUCCCCCGGGAGUUGCCGGGCAAAGGCGGCAUGUGGAAGGUGGUCUUUAAGCCGCCGACUAACGACGCCGAGUUCCUGGAAAGGCUACACCUCUUCCUGGCUCGCGAAGGGUGGUCCGUGCAAGAUGUGGCCCGCGUGCUCGGGUUUCAGAGCCCGGCCCCGGCCCCGGGCCCAGAGAUGCCGGCGGAGAUGCUCAACUAUAUUUUGGAUAAUGUUAUUCAGCCUCUCGUGGAGUCUGUCUGGUACAAGAAGCUGACGCUGUUCUCCGGGAGGGACGUCCCGGGCCCCGGGGAGGAGGCCUUUGAUCCCUGGCUGGAGCACACGAAUGAGGUCAUAGAGGAGUGGCAGGUGUCGGACAUAGAAAAGAGGCGGCGGUUGAUGGAGAGUCUGCGGGGCCCCGCCGCUGACGUCAUCCGCAUCCUCAAGACCAACAACCCGGCCAUCAGCACCGCCGAAUGCCUGAAGGCUCUGGAGCAGGUGUUUGGGAACGUGGAGAGUUCUAGGGAUGCGCAGGUCAAGUUUCUGAACACUUAUCAGAACCCAGGAGAAAAGUUAUCGGCCUACGUCAUCCGCCUGGAGCCUCUCCUGCAGAAGGUGGUGGAGAAGGGAGCCAUUGAUAAAGAUAGCAUCAACCAGGCCCGGCUGGAGCAGGUCAUUGCCGGGGCCAACCACAGUGGGGCCAUCCGAAGGCAGCUGUGGCUGACGGGGGCCGCGGAAGGGCCGGCUCCCAACCUCUUCCAGUUGCUGGUGCAGAUUCGCGAGGAGGAGGCCAAAGAGGAGGAGGAGGAGGCUGAGGCGGCCCUUCUGCAGUUAGGCCUGGACGGACACUUCUGAGUCCCUGGAGAGGGGCUGUAUAAUGGCGCCCCACCACAGCUGCUUUGCUCGUCCCUCUGCAACCUUGAAGGCCUGUCUGAGUAGUAAAGACCUAGCCUCGUUCUGUUUCUGUUGUUUAUUGGGGAGGGGGGGCGGAAGGAGGGGUAUGGGAGGUUGGGGAGAGGGAAGGAACGGGGAGUCAGACCGGCCUAUUCAUGUAACAUUCGUGAAAUUGUGCAAACACCAUGAGCUGCUGCAACAACAUAAAGAGGGUCGGGCUGACUCAGAUGCCAGGGAAGAGCUGGACCCAAGUGCUUGCUGUAAGCUGUUUUUAAGACUUCGUUGGCAGUCGUGAAAACCAUGAACCUGUGACGCUUCCCAUCCAGGUAAUUCAAUGUAAAAUUGCAUGUUCAGAUGCUUAGUCCAGGCUUGGCUCACAAGAAGUGUUUGGUAAAAUUGUGAAUUAUUUUACUAAUGUUGUGAAGUUCUCUUUACUAUAAAUUGCUCCUCAUAUUACUGAAAUGUAAAUUAGAUAUUAUGCAACUUUAUGAUGCAAAUUUCUUCUCAAGAUGUGGGCCCAUUUAAUUAAAAAGUAUUCUGAGUAUAAAAUGGAGUUUUUAAAAAUACUGCCGUUAUGGAGCUGUGUAAAUUUUUCAUGAGGAGGCUGAUAUGCACUAGUUGAUCCAUUCCCCUACUUCAGAUCUUUUGUCAUAGUUCUUGUUUAGGCUGAUUCUGUGUUCUAAAUUUGAGGCUAUCAAAUAGAUGUAUGCAAAUAAAAGUAAUUUUAAAAUUUC